AUGGCUUCUUCCUCCUCCUGGGUUCCUGAUGCGUGGGGAUGGGUCUGCGGACUCCCCGCCGUCGCCGACUGGAGCGCCAACACCAUCUCCCUCUGCGUCUGUCCCUCGAGCCCACCUUCUCCUUCGCUGAAUCUCUCCGUCGGUAAAAGCCUCCAGAACCAGAGGCCCUGCAUCUUCUUCUCCGUGGCGGCCGUCUUCGACCUCCCGCUCUCUCUGUGGACUUCCGGCUCCUUCGUCCUCAAGUCCGGCAGCCUGCGGCCCUGGGACGAGAACAUCCCGGCCCGUCUCUUCUCCAAGAUCGUCGCCGGCGUCCUCCAUUAUGGGCCCAGGAAGGGAUCUUCUUCCCGGAGAUCGCCGCCGGUCUCGCCGGAGGACGGCGACUCCGGAGACGUGUUCAACCUCGCCUUCCUCACCCUGGUCCUCCUCGUCUGCAUCUACGAGGCCCCGCAGGAUUUCCGGGCCGGAUGGAUGGACGCCAUAAAGCUCCAGAUGACGAGCACGAGAUCGAGAGACGCGUUGAAGGCGCUGCUCAGGUUGAUAGGCUCCAACUUUGAGGAGCAGUGGAUGAAGUCCGUCAACCUUGCCAUCACCAACCACAUACAGGAGUUCCAUGGUUCUCCGCCCUGCUUCAGGACCCCGUCCCCACUCUUCUCCUACGCCGUGUCAGCGGCGGGGCUGUGGAAGGUGCAGUUCUACUGCCCCGUCGCGGCAAUACCCCCCGACCACCCCAACAGCGCCGCCGGGGAGCACCGUUUGCUCUUCUCCCUGAUGUACCAACAGCUGCAAGGCGUCGUGCAGCUCGCUUACAAGCUCGUUCCCCAUGAGAACACCAUCGACAUGGUGGUCACCGUGGAUAACGUCAGGUAGGUGCCGCCGAGAGCUUAGACCUUCCUUUUAUGAUAAAUCAUGGCGUCGAUCUCACAGAGUUCACCCACUCCCUCGGUGCAACAGAUGCGAUGUAAGCCCGCUGGUCUCGAGGAAGCUGAUGGGGAGGAGAGGACUUGGUCCGGAAGAGAAGCACUUCCCGUCUCGGGUGUCUCUGCAACUCACCCCCGCCCAGCAGGACGACGUGCUGUCGGUAACGGCGAGCAAGUCCUCCAGCAACCCCGCCUACGAGGUCUCCCGAGAGAACGCCGUGGAGGGCAGUUUCGACCCGCCGGCCGCCACCACCGGGUUCCGGUUCUCCGCUGCCGAGACGGUGACGAUGAGCAUGAAGCCGUGGAAGUUCGAGCAGUCCGUCCGGGGGGCCACCGCCGGCCUCCACUGGUUCCUCCACGACGUCGCCGCCGCCGGGAAGGAGGUGUCCUCCUCCAAGCCCCACAAGCUGAGCCUGUUCCGGCGGAGGAGCUGGUUCAGGAACCGCCAAACUAACGCCUACCGCCCCUUUACGAGGGACGGCGGCGUCGUCUUCGCCGGCGACGAGUACGGGGAGAGCGUCCGGUGGCAGCUGCUCCGGCGGGGAGCCGAUAAGAAGAUGGAGUGGGAGGUCAACGGCUCCGUGUGGGUCACCUACUGGCCCAACCAGCGCAGGAGCUUCUACAGCGAGACGAGGACGCUCGAGUUCAAAGAAACGGUUCACGUUUCUCUCCCAUAG